AUGUCGGGACGAGAUCACAGUAUUGCCAGUAUUUCCUCGUGCCCUCUCAAGCAAUUGGCGUCGUCGAUAGAAUACGAGUGGUCCUCGAGCGAACACUUAAGCAGGCACGUUGGGUGGGUCACGUUCUGUGGUGGCUCUGAAAAGAGCCGUUUCUCAUUUCCAUGCCACUGGUGGCAAUACCGGUCGUCGAUAUGGAUUUAUACGCCACUAGUGGAAAUUCCGGCCAGAUACGGACGUCGGCAGUCGACGAUACGGAUUUAUAUGUCACUGAUGGCUACCAGAAUGGUUGAGUUCCAGGAUAAGUCUUCAGCCGAAAUCUUGUUUUCUGCGGUACUCGCCUCGUGGUGGCUCCAAGACUCUAAGUUUUCUGUUGAUGUGUGUGUGUUGUUAGAGUUGAAGAUGGAGUGCUUGCUUUUAUUAAAUGAACCUUUAUUUAUACUAAAUGGAUCUAUCUGUACGCGUGCUGCGAUUGGUGCAUUACACCCGUGUAAAUGUGUAAUGCACGGGAACAUCACAUAUUAUUAUACUUCAAUGUGUUUCAUGUGUUAA